AUGUACUUGAAGCUUGGGAUUAAGCCCACCGUUAUCAUCAGCUCCGGGAGAGCUGCCAGAGAGAUUGUCAAGCUCCAUAACCUCAAGUUUGCGUCUAAAGUUCCAUUGAUCUCUGGCAAAUACUUUGGGAACGAUUACAGUGGUAUAGCUUUCAGCCAAUACACUCCGGAAGUGAAGCUCUACAGGAAGCUCAUCAACACUCACUUGCUCUCCCCGACCAAGCUCAAAAUUUACGAUGGAAUCCGUCGCGAGGAGCAGCGCCGUCUCGCUCGAUCUCUCAGUGACGAGCGAGGGAAUCCGGUCCUCCUGCGGCAAAAGCUCCACAACAUGAACAUGAACGUGAUAACUUACAUGCUGUUUGGGAAGCGCUUCUGUGGACACUACAACAACACUGUGAAUGUUGACGAGUUUGUGCAAGUGAUAGUGGACAUUUUGAGGCUGGCUGGGGUUUUCAACGUGAGCGAUUAUAUCCCGGGAAUUCGCUGGCUGGACGUUCAAGGUUUGGAGAAGCAGUACAAGCACCUUAUGGACCGGGAUCUGUUGCUGGGUGCGGUCGAUACUUCGGCUCUUUUGCUAGAAUGGGCAAUGGCGGAGCUGUUCCGGCAUCCAGUAGAGUUCUCAAGAGCUCAGAGUCAGAUAGACGCGGUAGUCGGCAAAGAAAAACUUGUGGACGAGUCGGACAUCUUAAAGCUUCCAUACAUUGACGCUAUAGUCAAGGAAACAAUGAGGCUUCGCUCGGUGGCUCCGCUAUCUCUUCCCAAACAAGUUCAGGGAGGUCCCAUUAAGCUCAGCGGCUACACCAUCCCGGACGGUACCACGAUUUACAUCAACAGCUACUCGAUUGGCAUCGACGAGAGGUUUUGGAAAGACCCUCUAGAGUUUCAGCCACAACGUUUCUUCGACUUGCCAGACGUCGAUGUUUUUGGCCAUAACUUUAACUUUCUUCCGUUUGGAACAGGGAGGAGAGUGUGUCCCGGUGCUAAACUUGGAUUUGAUGCUGUCCAGAUUGGUCUUGCGACGCUCGUCCAAGGAUUCGACUGGAAGCUGGAUGCUCCCGGCAAUAUGAACAUGGAUCAAACCUUUGGACUGGUUUGUCAUAAGAGUCAACCUCUCGUGGGUAUCCCAGUCCCAAGGCUGGACUCUCAUGUUUACUAA